AUGGAAAUAGCUGAAGACCCAAAUGAUGUGGAAUCGAGUUCAGACUCCUGGAGCGAAGUAGACUUUUACACGGCUGUCCAAGAUUGGAUCGACAGCGCCAGUUAUAUCCCGAAGGGCAUUGGGUAUUCGUGGUCUCCAUUCUGCGAGGCACUUAUCGAGAACCACCUAGACAUAACCGGAGUAUCCGAGCCGCCGCCACCACCUGGCGUGCCAGAUUACGCUAAGUCAGCGGUCCCAAAGAAACGACACGAUGGAGGACAACGCGGGAGCGAGAAACAGCAAACUGGCGGGAGAAGCGAUGUUCUAAUAGUAAAUAUCCCAGCAGAUAAGGUUCCAGACAAGGACCCUGCGAAAGGAUCAUGGAAGCACGUAGUUUACGUCCCUGAAUGGACAGAUCCGGAUUAUAAGGAGAAUUUCAUGAAGACGCCUGCGGGGCGCUGGAGGAAGAACCAAGUCCGCGACGCCAUAGCCAACUUACGGCCUGCGUUGCGCCUUGAGGACGCAAUCCGCAAUCCUACUGAUUACGCCCUGCGUUUCGGGAUAGCUGAUGGUCGACGGGACGGGCGAAGUCGGAUGAGCCCGACCUGGUCUCAGACGCGCGACCCUAUGGAAGACAUUGCCAACCAGAUCGACAUGAUGAACGAUGCGGAAAGGGGCGUCGCAAUAAACUUGAGCCGUGAAGCGUUAGAAGCUCGAGGGGAGAUGCCAACUCCGGGCCAAGAAAUACUUCCAGAGGUGGUGGAUACGAUGCUGGCAUCUAACGGCAUGUUGACGAACGCAGGGUUGAAGGCUGAAGUAGCGAAGGCGCGCGAGGAAGGGAAGAGCCUCGAUCGGCUCGUCGAGGAAUUGGAGAGCAAGUACCCUCAGCUGAGGAAAACCCACAAAGUCUUCCUCGACAACGCCCUGGAUGACCAAGACUACCAACGCUUGAUUCUCAGCGGCCUGACGACUGAUGAGAUGAUUCAAGUCAAUGCGCACACCAUGUCAAACGACCCCAAGUGCGAUCUAGACAAUGAACUUUUCUUUCUGUUCCGACGAGAACGAUGGGUUGAUUCUCGAUGGAAGGGGUCUACGUCGGAGAAUCCAAAGCUCGCAUACAACGUCGGUGGAACGCGGGAAGAGUGGAAUAUACAAACGAACGAUGCGCUCUGGGACGCGCUACAGCCCGCAUUGCGGCUCGCUUCGAUAAUAAUUUUACAGAGCCCGCCACACAUCCAAGCUCUAAUCAACAUGUGCACGCGCCAGCCCAUCGCGCCACAAUUCGACAGGCGAGAGAAGGCCAACACACCCACGCUGACCAAAUACGUGUUGGAGGAGGACAUCGACCUGAAUCUGACGUACCCGGCGAUCCGCACACUGAAGGCACUCUACAAUUUUGAUUGGAGAGAGGCCGUCCUAGGGCAUCUAUCCGGCUUCCUAGAGCUAGAUAUAGCAUCAGGGUAUACGCUCUUGUACCGGAGGUAUGCUCCGGACAUCGAGUACCAGGAGAUGGAGCCGUGCAGUCAAUUCGCGUACGGGUCCACGGGGAUGUACAACGAGGGGCCAAAGCGGGUGAUUCGUAUCAAGCUUGCGGCCGAGUCGAUCUGGCCGUUGCUGGUGCCUCAGUACAGCGCAAGCGAGAAGAUGGUGGCCUCCUUCGAGAUUGCUAAUACUAUGGUACACGAAUUCGCGCACGCUAUAGUUCAGGCACAAAUUCGACUGUGCUCGGAAGAAUGGACGCACCCUCCUCAACAGCUUCCAGAGGUCAAAAGCUUGUGUCUUAGUCUUAAGGACAUUGCAUGGGACAUGGCAGUUAACAUGGGGGAGCCAUUCUUCGAGGACUACCCGGAGGCCGAGGUUGGUCGCCAGGUCGAGGAGUCGCUUUGGGGCAUGGCAGGGUUCCCACUCGAGGUCGUGAAUAGGCAUUAUCCCGGCCUUGUGCUUCUCGCUCAUCGCCAGUCGUAUCCCUAUCAACGGGCCCCUGAGAGAUCAGACACCGUACAUCCUAACUUGCAAUACCACACAACAGUGCCGUUAGACACCAUAGAGAAGUUCUUUACGAAGAAGUUCUGGUUGUAUGAGUUCGGGUCGUUUGAUCCCAAUACGAACGACUACUCCUUCUAUGGCUUUGCGGCUUUGAAAGGGAAGUCGGACCGUUUUUAUAGCCAGAAGAUUCUGUGGAACUUUCCAUCCCAGCUCAGCCAGAACACACUUGUGGCCUUCUACGGCUACAACUUGGCCGCGUUCCUGGACGCCGUGCCCAAUAUAUUGUGGGUGUCUCGUCACCGUGUGCUGUCGCGUUAUCUCCGCGCACUCACUAUCGAGGUCAUGUACGAGCAGAUGAAGGAUGCGUGGUGGGCAUGGGAGAUCAACCACUGGAGUUCCACCGUAAUGCAUACCAUGCCAGCGAGUGUCGCCCGAUUAUUUACAGCGUUUCAAGAGGCUAGAUCUCUGAGCAACAAUGCUAGAGAAGCUUUUCAAGCCACCGGACAGCCGGCCGUAAAGUAUCAAGAAUUUGAGGCCUUGUUUGGCCCUAACGGCAAAGUUGUGAGGUGUCUCGCUACUGCGUGCAGCGAGAUGCAGGAUGAUAUUGCCUAUAUGCAAUUGCUAGUCUUCCACUAUCCGCUCUGCAGAUCUCGGGGCUUCUUCUUGGAUCUCAUGCCGUACAGCGCGAUCGAUUAUAUAUACGGCCGUCUCGUUACAUUUCGACAAGCUGCAGAGAGAAUAGUAGUGGAGGCGGGGGACAUACAAAGGGUUAGGCCUACGGGCCGCUGCGACGGGAGCUAUUGGCCUGAGUGGCACGUCCGCUUCCAGAACAUUGUAGGACAUUAUCAAAAACUGGUAGAGGUGAUAGAGAGAAUUUAUCAAGGAGAUACUCGCCCAUUUGACGCUGUCGCAAAGGAGCAGUUCGAUAGGCUGCCAACAGCGGAGUGGAGGUAUCCUUCUGAACGCUAUCGCAAGAUGGCGAUGCUCGAGUACGAGAGGGCUCAUCCAGCCGUGCGCGACACGAUCGACGACUUCAUCGACACGAUCCAUGGAGUUCAUAUGGAUCAGAAGUCGAAGGCCAGUAUUGGCCAAGUGAGUGGCGCCUUGCAAUCUCUAGGUGGUAUCGGGGCAAAGGCUGGACAGUCUGUCGGCGGACCAUUUCGCUUCCAAAUUCCCAACACCCCUCCCCCAACGGUCCAGACCCCAUCUAAAGCCACGAGCCACGAGGCUCCGUCAACACCCCCUCCUGCUUCUAUCCACGCCAUCUUCGGUGUCCCUGGAGGGGCGAAUACGAUGCCAACAACCCCUUUAGAGGAUGACGCGCCGCGUCGCGUGUCGCCUCGCAAGGAAAAGUCGGCCUACCGGAAAUACGUAACAAACUUGUUGGCGUCGCCAGAUCCAGAGCAUGCUUCCGAGGCGGCUAGCGAUCUCUUCACUUCCGGCGUGCCACAGCCACUUCCCAGCUUGUCGCCACGAAUAAGACAACUGUCCCAGGGAAGCGGACGGGCUCAGUUUCAGGUGUUCCCGAAUCCUUUUGCUAAUCGGGUCGUGAUGACCUCGGAAGCCCAAGCCUUCCAAGAACAAAGGAGAAUUGCGGAACAGGCAAAUGAAGCUUCUGGCACUUACACCGCCCAGUCGAUGUGGCGCGAGAAGAGCCAUACUGAGAGCGAUGACGGUAUGUCAAUGUAG